UGCUGCUUUGUACAUACAGUAUAUGCAUGCUCUCACAUGUUUUUAACUCCUCCCACCUUAUCCCUCCCCUUUCUUGAUUUCUCCCUCUCUCUCUGUCCCUGUGAUGUCUCUCUGCCCGUGACACUUGGCUCCAUAGGCAUCUGGAGACAGGACCAGGACCAGGACAAGGACACAAACCCUUGACACCACACAUCAGCACCACCGUUGACAUGUCAGACUCUGAGACCAACGCUGUCCCUGCUGAGGCUCCUGUCCCUGCUGCUUGUGCCAACAUCAAGGCAGAGCUGGACAAAUGUGUGGCAGAGAAGGGUGCAGGGGGCUGCAAAGAUCUGAUGGAGGCCUUUGCUGCGUGUAUGAAGACUGCUGCUGACGGAACAUCCUGAGAAGCCCUACUCCAACUUAAAAUGUCCACUGCACUGAAUCCUCCAAGUUCCCAGCGUUCCCUUCUACACAACAGCUCUGGACUGAAUCAUGACAACAAUGAUGUUGAAAGUGCUGACGCUGACGCUCGUUAUAAUUAUGUAUUGUUGAUAGGUCUGAGUUUUGAAUCCGAUGGCAUGUCCCUGUCCUUUCCCCCAUUUUAGACAUAUCUGGCGUACUUCUGUCUUUCUGCAAUACCCCUCUUCCCUUUACAGUACAUUAAGGAUUCCAGAGAGCCGAUGGGCUAUUCGGUUCUUUUGACCUUGAGAUGUGUACUUAUAAAUGAAAAUAAAGUAUCAACUAAAUGGUAUAACAACAAAGUGUUUACCAGAUGUUCAUAUGAUCACGAUUUUCUAAUUUUGCGGACAAUUUAAAGUGCUUUACUUUACAACAACUACACUACACACAUAAACUCAUACAAACAGCAUUCACACAAAUUGAGAUCCUUUUCCAUCUACCACCACUUUCUGGCAUCUAACUCAGGUGGCUGAAUGGUAUUUCAGCCAUUGAGAUAUAAAAUUAUACAGCUGCUUCAGAACUCAACUGCGGUGACUUUUGGCCCCUACAUUUUACAGUUUAUGGUUAGUCUUUGUCCACAGUUUUUUGUCAUAGUUUUGAGAGAUCUUUAUUGAAUAUAUUGGCCAUUGAAAAUCAACGGCAAGGCGUUGAAACCAUUGAAAAGGUUUGUCCUCUUUUAGGACUUUUCGACCAAAGCUGGUUUGGUGCUAAUGUCAAACCCAGCAAUAGUUUUUGCUUUUCGAUCGCCAGCUCCAAGGAAAGCCCCAACUCGGUGCCAAGAGAACUGGUGCUAAUACCUUUAACCGUGCAAUCAGAAAUAUGCGUCCUGCACAGCAAACAUGUGGUUCUAAAAAUUCCUACUUUUGUCCUGAAAUGUAAAUGCUGACAAUGUUAAUGGCAUAAAGUUGCAUGAAGUCAAUUCUAGCUCUUUUCCACCAAAGCAGUCAGACUCCAAACCAUAUUUUCAGGGUCAGGAUCAUUGUCUGCGCAUACCAAAAUUCAAUUUCCAUUGUUGAUCUUCUGAGAGAUUUCAUGCUCUUUUUACUGAUCUAUGGCAUCCGCUUUGGUGACAUAGUAAAUGGCGUAGGGCACUGGCUCUUUGGUGCUCAGUGACAAAGCAAGCCAGUUCUUUACAGAACCUGUUUGGAACUGGCUCUAGCACUAGUUCUAGCACCAGCUAUUGAGUUGGUCGAGAAACGCCCUUUGAGGGCCAUUUGAAAGAAAGUUACUUCACACUGUCAGCUACAGAAACUAAUCAAACUUUAAUCAAGUCACAAGACAUUGGGCUAAUACUAUUUGACUCAGCUUUUUUAGUUUUGGAAAUAUCAAAUUUCAUGACCUUUUCAGGUCCUGUCUGAGUUUAUAUGGGGUCUAUAUGGAGAAGACUUUGAGUUGAGGUCACAUAACCUGGGUCAAGAUCAAGUGCCUUUGGUGUCCCCAUCAAAUUCAGCAAAUCAUCAUGAAUGUAGUAUGAAAUCAUGUAAUUCUGAGGUUGUGGUAUAAAUUACCAAAUAUUUACACACAAAUUAUUACAAUCAAAAGUCAUUUGGAAUGAAUUUCCCCAUUUGAAACCAUUUUCUUUAAUUGGAUGAUUUUGCCAUUGUAGCACGGUGAGUGCCACGGGGCCCGACCGACAGGAUGGAGAGACACAGAGUUUAAUGCAGACCCUCUUUAUUUACCCACAAACACCACACAUAGGGCCCGAUUUACUAAGAUCCUAAAUAAAGAGUACUUAAUUGCGUGUGCACUGAAAAAGUUUGCGCGUGCAGUUGUUGCAUGUUUUGCGAGUGAUCAACUAAGAUUGCGUGCGCAAUUGAUAACAGGUGCAAACUGCAGUAUUUAAAUGAGGUGUUGCGUGUCUUAAGGUUUGCGGCAUGGAGAGUCUGGAUGGAAAGCACAGUCACAAGUCACAAGCGCAAAAUGAAAUUGAACGAGUUGGAGUUAGAGAUAUUAGUGGAAGAGGCAAAUAAACACAUUCAUGAACUACAGCAAAGAAAUUUAAACAUUACCAAAAGAAACGCAAUAUCGGAGAAAACCUGCGAUAGAAUAAAUGCAGUUGGUAACACAAAAAAAAGAAAAACGUCUGGUUUUUCAUAUUUCAAUUUUAGGCACAGAUCAAAAAUACGAAAUAGAAAAACGGGCCACAGGACCGAAUUUGAUUUUAAUAUUGAAUUGGUCGGGUUUACGUGAUCCGGCGGUGCUCGGCAUGAUCUGAGGAGAAAAAGACAUCAGCUAUAGGCUAUCAGACGCAGAGCUGGAGAGCGCUUUGAUUCAUCUAUUUAUGAGUUAAGUUUUUAUUCAGAUGUCCACAGUAUAUUGCAAAUAGUAUAUAUUAUAUAGCAAACACUGACAGUAAAUGUGUGACAGACGGGACCAGCAUCCGAAAGAAGAGACGUGUUCAGAACAGCGCACAGCGCACACUACAGGCUGAUUUAUGGUUCCGCGUCACACCAACGCAGAACCGACUGCGUAGGUUACGCGGCGACGCACGCCGCACCGCGACCCUACGCGUCGGCUACGCCGUCGAUUUAACGCAGAACCAUAAUUCAGGCGAAGCUGCAGUCUGUCUGCGCUGAUCCUGCACAGCGGGUCGGAGCGGAUUUGGUCAUGAUGUUUAACCUGUGUUUUGUGAUUAAUAAGCACGGGUUUUAAUUAAAUGUAAUUUACGAAGGAUGAUUUCACGUUCAAUAAGAUAAGUAAUCAAUAAAAUACAAAGUUUUGGCACAAAGGCUUGGCCUGCUUGUGGGCGAGUGGAGGGGGGCACAAUAAGAGAAGGUGGCAAAGAUAUAAGGCGAAGAACUAAAGAAAAAGUGACCUUUAAUAAAACUUGUGCAACCAUUUUUAAAAUAGCAUGCAGCAGAAUAAAGACUCUCUCUCUGCGUAUUCUUUGAUUUUGGAUGUCGCCUCCUUGCCACAAUAACAGCAGCAGCAGAUUAGCACCUUCCUUUCGAACGUAUUAAAUACAGACGCAAUCACAAUACGCGCAAUUACUUUCAGGCUUGGUAAAUCUCAUUGCGCGUGGUAAAUGGAGCAAUUUGCAUCUUCCCCUCCCAGUAUUUAGCGCGUUCUGGCAGGUACGCCCCAUAUUGAUUAUUCAUCAGGGCAAAAGUACUAACUGAAUUGCGUGUGCAAUUUUGCGCAUUUCAGAGACGCAGUCGUGUUUGCACGCUGUUAGUAGAUCAGCUGGCACUUUGGUUUGCGGGUGCUGUCAAGUUUGCACACGUUUUAACACACGCAAACCUUUAGUAAAUCGGGCCCAUAGUGCAGAAGCCCCUUCACAGCAGCUCCACAGCCCCUUUCUGCUGUGCAGCUAUGCCUUAUGAAGGCUGGCAGAGUGGAGAGGCUGAUUGGGCCCACCUGUGCCCUAAUCAGCCUGAGUGGCUGCAGCUCCUCCACCCUGCCACACACCCCCAACGCCAAACUCGCGCCGGGGUCUGUCCGGCCGAGCCUACUCCCCCCCCCGCCCUCUCGGAGCGGGAGAGGAAGCCCGGAACCCCCGGGCCUUCCUGGUCGGGGGGGUCGUCCCCGGCGUCGGCCCGCCCGCCGUGGAAGCUGCUCUCGGGGCCGGGCCCAUGGUGGCCUCGGGCCACACGGUGCGUCCAGAACCACCUCCUCCUCCGUGACGCAGACCCGCGUCGGCUGCUGGUCCGCCUCCAGGACCGCCUCCUCCACGGCGCAGCCCUGGUCUGGAGCUGGCGUGUCCAGGACAGCCUCCUCCGUCACGCCGCCCUGCUGGUCAGCCUCCACCUCUGCCGCCGACUCCGCCAUCGCAUCCGACUCCGCCUCCGCCUCCGCCUCCGACUCCAUCCCAGGAGCCGUCGCCUGGCGGCCUGCAGCGACUGCCUCACGGCCGGUCGGCUGCAGCGCCGCCAGCGCUGCCGCGGCGAACCUCAGACGGGGUGCAGGGAUGGGUCGCUCCGUUGGCCAUGCCGCCUCGGGAGCCGUCGCCUGGCGGCCCGCAGCUUCUGCCUCACGGCCUCUCAGCUGCGGCGCCGCCAGCUCCUCCCGCGCUGCUGCGGCGAACCUCCGGCGUGGCGCAGGGGUGGGUCGGUCCGCGGGCAUCAGCGCCGCCAACACAGCGAGCUGAUGCCCGCCCUGGUCCCGGCGCAGGGCGGCCAGGUCCGCAAUGGCCUGGGCGAGCGCGUCCAGGGCCCGCUCCAUGCCUCUCCUCCCAUCGGGCCCCACGUUGGGUGCCAGUGUAGCACGGUGAGUGCCACGGGGCCCGACCGACAGGAUGGAGAGACACAGAGUUUAAUGCAGACCCUCUUUAUUUACCCACAAACACCACACAUAGUGCAGAAGCCCCUUCACAGCAGCUCCACAGCCCCUUUCUGCUGUGCAGCUAUGCCUUAUUCAAUUCAAUUCAAUUUUAUUUAUAUAGCGUCUAAUACAACAGAGUUGUCUCUAGACGCUUUACAGAGACCCAUACCCAGAACAUGACCCCCGAGCAGAUAUUACAUAAACAAUGGCAGGUAAAAAACUCCCCUAGUGGGAGAAAAACCUUAAGCCAAACAGUGGCAAGGAAAAACUCCCCUUUAGGAGGGAAGAAACCUUGAGCAGGACCAGGCUCAUCAGGGGGGACCCUCCUGCCGAGGGCCAGACUGGUGGGUCAGGGACGGCAACAGCACAGCAGGCA